AUGAGGGUGAAUUAUGGGCGCACUGCAGCAAAGUGCCCCUUUCCUGCAGAGGGUGAUGGGCUGCCUCUGACAGAGGCACCCGUGGUUGGAGAUGGACAGCAAACCACAAAACGAUGUCUUCGAAGUAGGCCUGAACGCGUUGCAAAGGCUGUUUACGUUGGACGUCCUGAAGGCAUCGCAAGGCACUUGCAUCUCGACAUAGCUUAUAUGAAUCCUAUAGCUAUGGCCAGAGCACGAGGUCCUGCCCCAAAUUCAGGACCAACAAUUCAAGACUACUUGAACAGGCCAAGACCRACGUGGGAAGAAGUAAAGGAACAACUAGAAAAGAAAAAGAAAGGAUCCAGGGCUUUGGCUGAGUUUGAAGAAAAGAUGAAUGAGAAUUGGCGGAAAGAACUGGAAAAACAUAGGGAGAAAUUACUGGGUGGAAGUGAGAGCUCCUCCAAAAAGAAAGAAAAAAAGAAAAAGGAAAAGAAGAAAUCUAGUAGGGUGAGCAAAUUGUCUUCAUCUUCUUCUUCAUCAAGCUCUGAUUCUUCCAGCAGUGCAUCUGAUUCAGAAGAUGAGGAUAAAAAGCAAGGGAAAAAAAGAAGGAAAAAGAAGUAUCGCUCCUCACGGAGGUCUUCAGCAAGCUCGAUUUCUGAGUCCGAGUCCGACAGCAAGGACGGCAUUAAAAAGAAAAAAUCAAAGGAGGACCAUGAAAAAGAGAAGGAUGGCAAAAAUCAUCACAGGAAGAGGAAGAAGGCUGAUCGUGGUGAUGGACCUUUAUCAUCAGAAUCUUUAUCAGAAUCAGAUCAAAUAGAACAGGUACAAGCGAAAAAGAAGAAAAACAAUGAGGAGAAAGAUAAGGCAACAGCAAGUAUCCUUCUUAUUGUUACUGUAGUUUUAGGAUAUAAAUAUGGUAUAGCUAGUUAAUUUCUAAUUCCAAGUUUUUCAGUUAUACAAAUGUCUUAUGGCAAAAA